CCAAAUUACAAAGGCUUCGGCAAACCUCCUUCUCUGUUUGACGUAGACGCAUUUGACAUCAAACAGGCUAAUGAGCGACUCACCGUGGCGCUUAGUUCGCCUAACUCAGUCAAGGCAGGCAUGAAGGCGUUCACCAUGCCCAUCAACCCCAGUGGACCCGACCCCAGGUUGGGCAAACUCAAGAAAGGCCAGAGCGUCCAGCGUGAUAGGGACUACGAGAGCCACGGAUACUGGGAGGAGAUAACGUCCAGCACGAAGGAUAAAAGGAGCCAAUCGGCUUGUGCCGCUUGUGGAAAGCCUGAUGGCCAAGAUCUUAAGACAUGCAGUGGUUGCAGGGCCAUUUUGUAA